AUGCCUAGCAUCGCGACAGUCUUGGGCUUCGCCUCUGUGGCGAGCGCCCUCGCCGUGCGGUCGGCCUCAAUCCAGGGUGCCAACGAGUUCACCAUUCCCAUGCGGUACAACCCUAAUUUCAAGCCGCCCACUUCCAGCCCAGAUGCCGUCCGCCGCCGCCGUGGCAGCCCCGACGACGGCGGUGGCAUCACGCCAGCGCGCGACAGCCCGACGCGGCCGGACCAGGAGUACUACGCCGAGAUUGAGGUUGGCACGCCGCCGCAGACGAUGAAUCUGCUGUUUGAUACCGGCUCGGCGGACCUGUGGCUGUUUGGCGCCGACGCGGCGGGCGCCGUCGAGCAGGACCAGAACCGGUGGAACCACAGCAAAAGCUCAACGGCGCAGCUCGUCGACGGCGCUGCAUGGAGCAUCCACUACGGCGACGGAUCGGGCGCCAGCGGCACAGUGUAUCGGGACGUCGUGUCCGUCGCCGGGCUCGCGAUCAGCGGCCAGGGCGUCGAGUACGCCAACGCGGUCAUGCCGCAGUCUAGCGGCAUUGAUAUUCUCGGGAGCCCCGUGUCGGGCAUUGUCGGCUUCGCCUUUGACAAGAAGAAUAAGGCCAGGCCGCAGCAAAAGACGCCGUUUUCCAACAUGAAGAGCCACCUGGCCAAGCCCGUCUUUACCGUGGACUUGAAGCACCAAGCCGACGGUACUUUUGGCUUUGGCUUCGUCGACUCUUCCAAGUACACCGGGGACCUGACAUACAGCAGCAUCAACAGCGCCACCGGUUUUUGGACCUUUACAUCUCCCGGGUACGCCGUCAACGAGGGCGCCUUUGCCGCGUACGACAUGACGGGCAUCAUCGACACGGGCGGCUCCACGUCCACCGUACCCAGCCCGGCGUUCAAGGCCUACACGGACGCCAUUGCCAACUACACUGAAAAGUUUGACUGCGGCACCGCGCUGCCCGACUUUUACUUUGGUGUUGGCAACAACAAGACAAUCAAGGUGGACGGGCUGCACCUUAAACAGACCAAUGAAGAUGGCAGCUGUCAGCUCAAGUUGUACGACGGCGGCAGCGGCAACUAUGCCUUUUUUGGCUCUCCGUUUAUGGCGGGUGCGUAUGUUGUGUUUGAGGAUGGCGCCGAUGGUGCGCGGGUUGGCUGGGCCAACUCUGCAACUGUCAAGCGGGACGAGCAUGUAUCUCGAAUGCUUCCAGUCCGCCCUAGUACUCGUCAUCCUCGGCGGCGCCGUCCAGUACGAGCGCAGUCAAUGGGCGGGAUGUAA